GCGAGAGAGAGAGAGAGAGAGAGAGAGAGAGAGAGGAAAAGGCGUUUCCAUUCUUAAACCGGCGAGACUGUGUACGCAUAAGCACGAUCGACGCGAGCACAGCAACUUCCCAGGACCAAAACCGCUCUCAAACAUCUUGCCUGCCCUCUUCACGCGCAGCCGUUUACAAUUUGUUCAUUUGAGAUAUCCAAAAAUACACACUGUCUACGGCGACGCUGUAUUUUGUGCUAAAUUAAGUGAUAUUAGCAAGGUUUGGAUUAUUAUACAGGGUUGUUUAAAGCCUUCAUAACCAGUUAUAGAAAAUAACUGGACCACGAUAACGGGAGAGCUGCCUCCAUCACCGCUUAGAACACGCGAGCAUCACAACGACCGACGGCUGACUCAUUAUCUUCGUUCGAAACCAUGUCGGAGUACAGUUCCCUGCUGAGCGAUCUCUCUGAGAACAUCACCAAUGAGGACCUGGAGCAGUUGAAGUCCGCGUGCAAAGAGGACAUCCCAGAGGAGCAGAGCAACACCAUCACCUCCUCCAAAGAAUGGUUUAGCUACCUGGAGAAGAAUGACAAACUGGCACAGGAUAACCUGUCCUACAUAGAGCACAUCUUUGAGAUCUCCCGGCGACCAGACCUUUUGACCCGUGUCAUCGAGUACCGCACGACUGUCCUCAAGAUCUCUGAGGAUGACGAGAUCGACACCAAACUCACACGCAUCCCUUCUGCCAAGAAAUACAAGGAUAUCAUCCGCCAGCCGUCUGAGGAUGAGAUCAUCAAGCUGGCCCCUCCCCCAAAGAAAGCAUGAGGUCAAAGGCCAUGACCUUUGAACUUCACCCUUGGCACGCCACUUCACCCAAUCAUCUAUAGCCCCCACCCCCACACCUCUCAUCUGAUUCAUCUGACCAUGCCAUGUCCAUCUUACAGACCCCCCCCCCCUCCCCCCACAACAGCCACAACAAACAAGCAGCAGUCAACCAAUCAGUUUGCCACAACAGCCACAACAAACAAGCAGCAGUCAACCAAUCAGUUUGCCACAACGCUUUAUUACAUUACUCAUCUUUUCCCUUGAUGUGGAAGAAAGAAAUGAAGUGCACGCACAUAGGAGAAAGAGAGAGAUGAAGGGAGGGAGAGAGAAAGAAAGAGAGGAACCACAGCCCAAAGCCAAGGUUGUGUGGAUGCAACUUGACAUUCAUCGAUAAGAAAAGUAUUUGUGAAUGAGUGUGCAUGUAUAGCCAUGUGUGUGUGUGUGUGUGUGUGUGUGUGUGUGUGUGUGUGUGUGCGUGUGUGUGUGUGUGUGCGUGUGUGUGUGUGCGUGUGUGUGUGUGCGUGGCCACAGCAGUUUUGAUGAGAACAGCGCAGACAUCCACAGCUUCCAUGUCACAGGACACGUGGACACACCUCUGCUGAAAAACGUUAAGGAGAUGUCAGAUCGACAACACAGCAAAGCAUGCUGGGAGGUCAAGCUGCUACGUUGCAGGCUACUUCAAUGGUUUAGUUAAACACAGAGCAUCGGCCAUCCUCUGCUGGCACCUCAUUCCCCUGUGUCUCCAACACAUUACCCAGUAUCAGAUGCUGGAAUUUAUAAAAGCCAACAACCGAAUGUGAGAAGAUAAAACUAGAAAUGCGAAGAAGAAAACUAAACAGAGGGUUCUAUAUGACAGCAGAAAAGCCUAUAUUUGCCUUUUGCUUUGAAUUUGCUUAAGGCACUGAACAGCUUUUCUUUUGCAUCUAUUGUGUUGUUUCUCUAUCCUUUUACUAUUAUUUGUAUUGUUGUUAUUUUUCGUAAUUAUUGUUUAAAUUGUAUUAUUUUCUUUUUUUCAUACACUAUGAUAUCCAGAAAAUUGUAAUUUUAUGAUGUUAUUGGUAAUAAUGAAUAUUCACUUGUGACAUCCCCCUUUUGUUUGAAAAUUAAGAGGACCAGUGGCCAUAAUGGAAAGUCAAGGGAAGCAUUCAUGAUCCCACCCUAAACAAAUCCCUCUACUCCCAUAAACUACAUCUCCCAUAAUGCUCCUCACACAUUGCAGAUGCCUCUGCUCUCUGAUCUCAGCGAGAAAAAAAAGUAGUUUCCUCAGAAAAAAAACAAAAAAAAAAAAACAAUGAAAAGUGACCAAAUGUCGGCAAAUAUCAUUCAAUUCUCAGUGGCUUAGUCCAUUCCUUUGUUUCGCUGAAGGACCACUUUGUUUUUAUUUUUUAUUUUUUGAAAUUCUAUGGUGCCCCCACAGACUUGGCACAAGAUCAUGUAUGAAAAUAAUAAUUCCUAGAAAAAUAUUAGGAGGCUUCAGGUGAAUGCAAAUGAUAUAACAUAAUCAUUUAAAAGUUUGGAAGCAUUAAAAGUAACUUAUUCUUUAUAAUACAUACUGUAGAUGAAUGUUCACAUGACAGAUGCAUUAUACAAAAUAACAUUAUAUUACUGUAAAAAAAACAAGUGAAGUAAUUGCAAAUAUAUCCUGCAGAGAUAUACAGUAUCUUGGAUAGUGUAAGGUAUGCCCAGUGACUGCAUGAUAACUAGAUGAACUAGAGAAGGCCUGCAAGUGGACCCAAUGCAACAGGCCACCGUACAUUCAUGCAUAAAAGCCACAGUAAGACUGUUGAUAGAAGACAAAAUUCACACUGUGUUUUAUAUCCCAGCCUAAAGAGACUGUUGCUUUUGCCAUGCUAAUCUGUGUGUGUGUGUGUGUGUGUGUGUGUGUGUGUGUGUGUGAGAGAGAGAGAGAGAGAGAGCCUUGGAGUGUGUAAAGAGGAAACAUUUUCUUGCCCUCCUCUGCGAUAGUGCCAUACUGAUGAGAGCAGACUGUUAGGAAAAAACCACUAGAAGACACAAUUAAAUUCCUUACUCUUGGCACCUUAGUAGAAAAAACUAAACAAUCUCACUCUUUAACAGUCAAAAUAAUAUUUUGAGGCCCUCCAAUAUCUCCCCAUCUAUGGUGUAACUUUCUCUUUCUCUCUCUCGUCCUUUCUUCUUUUUUCCCUCUGUUGUACCUUGACCCUAACUCAUGGUCCAGUGCCAAUGACCAAGACGCUCUUUAGGUCAGACGUCCUGUGAUUUGUUUGUUAGUUUAGCGCUUGCUGUGUUAGCAUCACGUGGGCCUGCAUCCUAUGCAUUUUGGUUGGUUAGCCUUAGUCAUGCUUUCAUAGAUUCAGAUUGAGUACUCUUUUAUAAUCAUCAGUUAGAAUAUGUUAAGUGACAAUUUUAAAAAGAAAAAAAAUCAGUGCUCUUAAAAAAAAAAAAAAGAAAAAAAGAAAAAACCUUAAAAGAGCAGAGGGGAAAUUGGACUUGAUUUGGCCCUGUUUAAGUGAAGCAGUUCCCACAGUAACCUUUUCCUCAACACUUGGGUAAGGGCCAAAGCUGCCAAGUGAGCUGAAGACAGAAACACAAAGAACUGCUCAUAACAAAAAAAGCUGCCUCUGGUUUUUAACAGCUCUCAGGUUUUUUUUGACAGAUGGCAGUGUUGAAGCUAGUGUUGAUGUGUGCUUAGUGAAGAGGAGAAUAAGGGGAUCUUUGGGUUCAACUGCUAUGACCUAUGGGGUCAGUACCAGUGGUUUCAAUUGUAUGAGGCUUUUUUAUGUCAGGCAACAUAUGUGUUGUGUAUUACAAGGUUCAUGGUGUUUUUAGCGUUUUAUUCCUCAGGGGAUUGGCCCUAAAGUGGAAAGUUAGCUUACCAUUUAAAGUUUUAUGUGGUGAAUCCUUUUCUGGAUGUUCAGAGGGUUUUAGUCAGUUGGUUACUCCAUUCGUCCCCCAAGUGUAUUCAAAUAUUGCCUGUGAAGUAAAUUUGAGACUAAGUGUCUGCUAUAUGCCAGUCUGUUAAUACUCUGUUUGGAGGUGACUGUCAUUUUCGUCAUAAGUGAUCAUUAAAAGAGAUACAGUAAGACAAACCUUAGUCACAAACUCAAUAUAUUUAUACACAUUAUUAUAGAUCACAAGCAAGAACAGCAAUUGUAUUCAAAGAUAAUUAAUUUUAUUUAUUUAUUGGAAAAAAUACCAUUAAGGUGAAGAUUGUUUUGUGUUUCUGCAAUGCUCCUAUGGCUGUCGUUACCUGCAUAGCAUAUAUGCUGCCUGCUUUGUCAAGAAUAACAGACCUUUACAAAAUGUGUAGUCUACUAUGCUAUUCUCAAAUCCAGUCAAUUUCGUUCCUGGGUUGGACCUAGCUAUCUGCAGCGAGGCUCGACUAGCAUGUUUCUCUGUUGUUCACACUGCCCCCUGCUGGUGAAUUGUCUUGCUGCAGUAUUUGUGUAUUGUGUGUAACUUUUUGGAUAGGUGCCCAGAAGUCUCCAAACUAACAGGUUUCUUUCUGAUAGGGCUGUCAGCAAGUUAGCACUGUGCUUUUUGUGAUUUUUUAUGAAGUUGCUUACAAAAGCCAGACUCAAAAAGGGCUCAGUCCACGUCAAGCUUUUGAUCUUAAACAGUCGGGGACAGUGGUGUUAGAUCCAUGCCAUCAGUCAGUUCUCACUUUAUUCGUUGAGUGGAAACCUUUUAACAGGUGAUUUAGACCUUUUGGCCAUGUUAAAGGAGAAUUCCAGUGUGGUCAUGAACAGGUAUGAUAAGGGAUCAGAUUCCAAAAAUAAUUCAGUGGAAAUGCAUGGAUUCCAGUUUCUUCCAGUAGCAGCAACUGGAAUCCAUGCAUUUCCAUGGAAUUAUUUUUGGACCUAAAUGACUUUAGGUCAAUAUCACACCGGAAUUCUCCUUUAAGUGAGAAUAUCACUGCGAUGGUGGAUUUCAUCAAGAGCCCAAAUUACAACUCACCUUGGUACAGUCCAGAUUAAAUUUGGCAUGGAAAAUCCUGACCAGUGUCAUACCUAUGUCAGAUUUGGGUCUCUUGCUUCCCUGGCUGAAGUACAAUUUACCAUUGGGUCUUCAUGGAAGGGUUUUUUGUUGAUGUGGCCCCCAAUCUGUUCCAGCUAGUCCUUCCACCAUCUCACGUGAUUUUGCAUCGGCAUCUCUAACUCACACCAGGGCUCACCAUUUAUGGUUGCCUGGUUGCCCUUGGCUACCAAAUUGUUACAAGUGGCAACCAGAUUUGGUUAGCUUUGGCAACCAAAACCUCAUGCCUGGUUGCCAAGCUGGUAACCACUUUUAACCACUUUUUAAAGUUAACGUUGAGCCCUGACUCACACAUGUCCCACCCAGAGUCUAUGCAGUGAGGAGACAGGGAAUCUACACUGUGUACAAAGGCCUGUAGAACAAUCCAUCAGGCAACAUGCAAAAGUCAAAACAAAAUGCCACAAAAUGUUGAAUUGUACAUCUGGCAAAUAAAAUAAAAAUACAUUAUAAAAAUAUACAAAAAUAAACAAUUUUGUGAAACGUCUAGUACACAUUAACAUGCGUCAUCACAAAUGAUAAAAUCUGGAUGUCAGUGUAUCAAGUACAUAUCGACAUAGAUAAUGCUGCAAAAAAUCAUACAAACAACUUUAGAUAUCUCUUCUUUAGGUGAGACUAAAGAGGCUUAACUUGAAACAUUUUUUCCAUUAAACACUGAACCAAAACUCAUACUAUACAAUAGUCAUAUGAAGACAUUACCAGAUAAUUCAUCCAUACACAGAAGAUAAAAUACCCAAAUAGCAGCUAGACUCUGGAAUCUGGCGCUUUCGAGCCACUUCCAGGCCAGAUCCGGGGCAGAUUCAUAAAACUUCUGACCUAGAUCUAUUCACAGAUCAGCUUGUUAUUUUUGGGGGGGUUUUAACUUAUGUGUCUCCUUCAAAUUGAGUUGUAAAUAUAUAUUGUGAAUUUAUAUCAAUGUGUUUUAUUAUUAUUGAUUAAUUUAUUUAAUGCACAUGUAUUUUCAUUGUUUUUAUUCUAUGUAUUCAAAUGUGUCUACUAACUGGAUACAACUAGUGGGACAAAAAUGUUUAUUUACUAAUGUGAAAAAAAAAGUUAUUAUUGCUAUUAUUUCAACAGAUAUGUUUUUGUUCUGUCAGUGGAGGUUCUUGUUUUGGGGUACCAGUUUCAUUGAUGACUUGGGGGGAAAUGUAUAUGUCUUUAUGAGUUAAGAUCCAUUAUUAUCGUAUUUCUCUUUUUUCGUUCAGACCUAGUUUCAUUUGAAGUAAUUCGUAGUAUACAGUAACCCUUGUGUUGCUUGAGAAAUCCUCUCUCCCGGCUUGCUGGUUUUGUGUUAUGUUCUUUGCAUAUGAUUCUAGUGACUGUUUUUUUGAUAGAAUGCUUUUGUUAAGUCGUGACAAUGUGAUCUUAUGAAGCCACUUGGUAUAAAAGCAAGAAACCUUUAAAAAAAACGUACUUACUCUGCCAUUUUACACCAGCUGUCAUUUUAUGUUUUACCAUUUAUCUGUGUUUUAUUCAGCUCAUUUACAAAUAGCUAGUGACUGACCUUUUACAGUAGAUACCAGGGGUACAUACUAGCAGACUCAUGCUCAAUGUUAUAAAUGCCUGCAUCUGACUUGACACAUAUUGCAGGAAUAGAGGUCUGCUGCAGCUUGGCUUGAAUGAGCUUCUGAGAUCAUGGUAGUUACAGUAGGUGCAUGUGGCUUGCUGCUGCCUUGUCCAUGGACUUUAGAGUGUGGUGAAAAUUGGGCUUCGGGGGGUCAACAUGUGACCUUUUCACCUUUGACCCUAGGGUGAUUGUGAGGAUAAUAGUGGGAGAACAUGGAAACACUCAGUUUAAAGUGUUGACCUUAGACAAAAUAUAAUCAAAAAUAUAAAAUGAGAGAAUGAGGUCAUCAGUAUAAGGUAAACAUAAUACAAACUGGUUCAAAAAUUGAAUCAGACAGACCAAUUAUUACCACUUUACUGUAUUUUGCCCCACUUCCGAAUGCAUACCAAAACUAGCAGAUGCUGCAGGUUUGGAUGAGGUAUACCCUUUGUGUGUGUGUGUGUGUGUGUGUGUCUGUGUCUGUGUGUGUGUGGAGUGUUGCCGUGACAGCACAGAGGGAAAUACCAGGUGGGUCUUGAAUGUGUCCAGACAGGUCUCUGAGAAGCUGUGAAUUUGGGUGACCGAUUGACAUUUUAACACGUGUGAGUCGAUUUGUGGGUGUUGUGGGUAUGUAAGAAUGACAUGGCUGGGUGAAUAAAGAGAAAGAAAGAUGGAGAGAGAGAGCAAAAGAGAGAGAGAAAGAGAGAGAGUUUUACAACCAUUGUGCACAAGCUUUGAUCUUAGUGGUAUAAAUACAUGGACUAGACAAGUGACAGCGCAUUACAUUUUAAUGGCGACUUAUAGAUAGAAAACUAAAUGAAAAAAGAGUAUUUAUUCCGUAAGAAGUUUAAUGUUUACAUUAUGCACUAAAAGGAAGCUGUCAUUUCAAAGUGCCAACCCUAUUUCUUUUUCGCCAAUUUGCUGAGGAAGACAAGACUUGAAAUCUAAAUCGCCUAGAUGCGCUAUAGACUGACAAAAAGUGUGCAUGCCAUUACAGACUAUGAUGAACAAUCAGUUUUUCCUUGAGCAAGGUAGGACAAGGGCCGAGACAGCUGUAGCGUUCUAUUGGUGUGUAGUUCAUUUGCGGUAGGCCCCAUGGUGGCAUAGUGAUUGUGCUAUAUCUUUUUCUGAGGUGCUGGGUGUUGUAGUUUUUCUUUUCUUUUCCUUUUUCCUUGGGAUGCUGUGGUUUGUUUACCGUGAAGUGGAGUUGAAUGUGCAGUACAGUGAGGAAAUCCCUGUUUGUUUUUUUGUUGUUUUUUUUUGCCACCGCAAUUCUGAAAAGGAAUGCACUUGAUGUGCGUACAGGGUGGCAAAGGUGUCUGCGUGAAUUCCAAAUGUUAGAGUAGGCUAUAGUAGGAUUUGCUAUCUAGCAGUUUUGAGCAGUUCUAACACAAAACCACAACUAGGGGCUAUAGUGGGAGCAGAUGCCUUUUCUAUUCUUUCCCUGUUCAUUCAUGUUCGCUUCUUUUAAUGAUCCUUUGUGCUCUGUUUCGCUCGCCCGUGGAAUCAUUUCAGACUAGCAUCAUGCCUCAAAAGUGAACUCAGCAAACCUGACAGGACUAUGCUGUUGUUGAUUUUUUUUGUUUGAUGUUUUAAUCCAUUUUUAUUUUACUUCUAUGUUUACUGCUAUGAUUGAAGUGGAUUAUCAUUAUUGUUACUUUGUUCAAAUGGAAGAAGGAGGUAGUUUUGCUUGGUGUGUGCAGUCAGUAGGUGUUCUGGACUGAACCUCAAUGAAGUUGCCAUCUUGGCCAUAUUGUCUUUCCUUUUGUUCUAAAUCUUUACAUCCCACUUCUCACUGGUCAACGUCUUUUUCAUUCAACUGCUUGUUGUUCUCUGUUAGCCAAUCAAAAAGCCUCCUCCCUCCCACUUCAGGAGACUGCAUGGAAGCAUAGAAAACACUGUUUCAAUGUCUGUGAUCUUCCUGAUCAUACCGUACACUAUUAACACUACCCAAAAUGACAUCCCGCUAUGGGCUAAAGGCUGUUAGAUUUUAUUAGGCUUUUUUUCAAUACAGAAGAAAAUUUAAAGAAUUUAUUUUACAAUGACAGCAACAGAAGAGAAUCACGGUAUUAAAUAUCUGUAUAUUAAAUAUACCUACAGAUGUGGCUUAUAUCAUGAAUAAAAAAAGAGACUAAAAUGAAAUGAUGCCAUUUGUCAUUGUGCUAAAAUGAAUAUAAAUAUUAUAUAUUAAAAUAUAUUUGCUAACCUAA